AGAGGAAGGGAGCGAAUGAAACAGGAUAGCACAUAGGAAGAAGUACUUCAGCACAGAACGCUACUAUAUCUGCAAAGAAGAGGAAGGAUGUGAGCUGAGCCGUAGAGAGGCCUCUGAAUGACAAAGGUGCCUGCAACAAAGAAAAGUACAAGAAUAUUAAUCUCACAGCAAUUUAUGGAGGAAAAGGAGACCUUCACCUCUGUAAUUCUUCCUCCUGCCAUCCAUAUCCCUGAUGCCCCACCUCCAUCAGACCUAACCUACCUGCAGGCAGCGGCUAUCUUUCACUAUCUACGUAGGGACAAACCACUCAAUCAUCAGUUGGUGCAUUAUGGGAAAAAGACAGACAAGCUGUUGCUGCCAGAGAGCGGAGACAAGACAACGACGCAACAUGCCUUACGGCUGGCCUUCAGUACUCUCAAAUACGAAGAUUUACUGGAGGAAAUGAUGAUGGACAGCCGCUUCCUCGCAUCGCAACACAUUCCCAAUGACCUGCUGCCACUAGCGAUGGUGAUGCUGUGCAACUUCCAGGAGCGAAAGUUUUUGCCAUGUCAGCGUUCAGAAAUAGAAAAGGAGGAACCCCAGCAGGAAGUGAGAGAUCUGGAGAACAGGCUUCACAAAUGUAAGACCAAGCUCGCAGCCUCUCUUGCACGAAGCAGGGUGAAACACGGCCUGCAGAGUGUUUCCGGCAUCCUAUCAGAACCUGUGAGGAGCAAACAGCACAGAGCGAGACUACUGCCUCUUUAUGCAUGGGUCAACACUCUCAGCAGCAGCGUGGAGGAAGUGUGUAAGGAGUUAGAGCUCAGCGGGUUGUCCAAGGUGGACCCCCUCUGUUGCGACACGCUCAUCUUCUCCCAAAAGCUUCAUGCACCACUGAAGCAUAGCCAGCUCACUGCUACACACAAACUUAUGAUUCAGGACAGGAGCGUGUGCGUGGCGGUGAGUGCCUUACGCCCCAUAUUAUUCGACAAUGCUGAUGUCCUCAUGGCGGGCUCUUUCUCAGCCCUGACUGCGGCACACGUGGCCAUCAUGGUGGCUGCCCGCUCAGGCGGCGUGCUCGUGUGUGGGGCUGAUCACACUUCCUCACAGCUGGAAGACAUGCACAAGCUACUGAAAGAAAUGGAUAUAAAAAAUGUGCGCAUCGUGUCUGAGGCCUUCUUCAGUCUGGGUCAGUGGGACGCCGCCAUUGAGCGUUUAAAGGUCAUCAUGGUGCUUCCUCAGUGCUCGUCUUCUGGACUCUGUGACCCAGUGGAUACCAUUCACUGUGAAAGUGGAGACUGGAAUCUGCUUCAAGACUUGUCUCGUGGUUUCUUGUCCCAGAGUAACUUAAACAAACUGACAGCUCAGCAAGCACGACUACUGACCAACGCCUUAACCUUCCCACAGGUGGAAACUGUGCUUUACUGCACACGCUCAGUAUACAAGGAGGAGAAUGAGCAGCUGGUGCAUAGAGUGUUGGAAAAAACACACACACCCUCCAAACUCCUGCCAUUCAGGUUGAAAGGACCAAUUUUCCCUGAUGAUACACAAUCAGAAGACACAAUAAAAGCCUCUAUGUUCUUCAGGCUGGGAUCUUCACAGGUCACUAAUGGCUGCUUCGUGGCCCGCUUGUCUCGACAGGCAGAUCCCACUAAGGUAAAAACGGUCCAGGAAGUGCUAGCAAGAGCGGCAGCCAAAGGCAUCCUGGAUGGACUCUUCCCAGCACAACCGAAGGAGAAGAAAGAGAAAAGCACAAAUGAUCUGGAGGGGGAUUCGGAACAGGGAAAAGAUCAAAGUGAAUCAGAGGUCAAGGGUAAAGCGGAGGAAGAAAAGGGAGGACAACGCAAGAGGAAGAAAAGACGCAAACGCAAGAUCAAACCAAAGCAAAGCAAAAUGGUCACCAAGCAUCCUUCAGUGAGUCACAAGAAGAAGACGCAUUACAGGAAGCGAACGGUCAAGAACAAAGCACGAAAGAUCCCUCGCCUUACGCUCAAACUCAUAUCGUCCACCAAACCCUUCAAUCACGUGUUUUUAGCGGCAGCCAAGUCGGAGACUCCCACUGCCUCUGCAAAAAAGCAGCCCUCCGCCGCCAUCCGCCCUGCAACCAAAACACAGACAACUGCAAGCAAACCAGGCGAGCCAGUCAGGAGCUACAUGGAGGAGAUGUCCGCCACAGAAGCGUUAGAAUCUGAAGAUGUGCUGGUCUCGUCUCAGGCUUGCAGCUCUCUGAGCAGUGGGAGUGGGAUGUCCCUCCAGCGGACUUCAACCACCCCAUCUCUGCAGCAUGCUCAGAAUAUAUAGUAUAUAGUAUACCGUAUAUAGUAUAUUAAAUAAGUACAGCUGCAGCAGAUCAGCUAAUGAUGAACAAAAGUAAA